GGAGCAACGGAGGAGAGAGAGCGCGUAGAGAAGUGUGGGACAGGAGGGGAGAGAGGUAGUGAGAAAGGCAGGACGGUGUGACAGCAGAAAGGAGUUUACUGGGUUUUGGACUGUGCUGCAGAGAGGUGCAGAGCGGAGAGCAGCUGCCACUGCAGCACAGCUCACGCUAAGGCAUGGAGGGAGAAGAAAAAAGGAAGAAAGAAAGGCAGAGAGAACACCCUGAGCACCUGCGCCUGCUCUAGGUAGGACGUUCUAUCCACAGUCAUGCAGGGCCCCAGACUAGGACAAGAGGAGGCAGAAACAGACUUCUCCAUGAUGCUGUCUUCUGAAAGGCUUAUAGCUGAACUGAGAGGCCUUAAUGCUUGAGGUCUGUGCUGUGAGAUAGAAGGGAAGAAGGAAAAGAGAGGAGAAGGAGGAGGAACCAGGGAAGAAGAGAGGAGGAGGAGGGCGAGGGUGCUGUAUUUUUGGAUGAGGGAUCUCGUGAAUUAAGGACUGGUGGAAUAAAGAUGUAGUGUGAGCAAGAGGCAGAACAAGGAGCUUGCUGUAGUCCUGCAGCAGAGAGGAGUGGAGCCGGACAACACACACACACACACCCUGCAAGCCGAACUCCGCCAGGGCAGAGGGAGCCCACCAUCACCGUCACAGGGCUGGGAAGAUGCCCUCUCGCUGUGGCACAGCGGUGCGGAUCUUCAUCACUACUCUAUUUGCAGCCGUGGUGCUCUUUGCCAUCCUGCUUGCAUAUGUGACCGGCUACCAAUUCAUCCACACCGAGCAGCACCACCUCUCCUUCGGCCUGUAUGGUGCAAUCCUGUCACUGCAUCUGCUGCUGCAAAGCCUCUUUGCCUUCCUAGAGCACCAGCGCAUGCGAGGGCCUUCACAGCCGUGCCACCUGCGUCGCACUGUGGCCCUCUGUAUCGCUGCCUACCAAGAGGACCCAGACUACCUGCGCAAGUGUCUGCGCAGCGUGCGUCGCAUCUCCUUCCCUGGACUCAAGGUUGUGCUAGUGGUGGAUGGGAACCGGCCAGAGGACGCCUACAUGAUGGACAUCUUCCAGGAGGUGAUGGGGGGAGCAGAGCAUGCUGGGUGUGUCGUGUGGAAGGGCAACUACCACAGUGAUGGGGCCAGGAGUGUUGGGACGGGCUCAGUGAAUGCAGAAGAAGCUGCACGGGUGGCCAGGAUGGUGCACAGCUGCCGGUACUCCUGCAUAAUGCAAGAGUGGGGUGGGAAGAGGGAGGUGAUGUAUACGGCUUUCAAAGCACUGGGGAACUCAGUGGAUUACGUCCAGGUAUGUGAUUCAGACACAGUUCUGGAUCCAGCAUGCACCAUUGAGAUGCUAAAGGUUCUGGAGGAUGAUCCAGAGGUGGGUGGAGUGGGAGGAGAUGUACAGAUCCUGAACAAGUAUGACUCCUGGAUCUCUUUCCUGAGCAGUGUGCGGUACUGGAUGGCUUUCAACGUGGAGCGUGCCUGUCAGUCCUACUUUGGCUGUGUUCAGUGCAUCAGUGGACCCCUGGGCAUGUACCGCAACUCCCUCCUCCAGCAAUUCCUGGAGCCAUGGUACCACCAGACCUUCCUGGGCAGCAAGUGCAGCUUUGGUGACGACCGCCACCUUACCAACCGGGUGCUCAGUUUUGGCUACAAGACAAAGUUUACUGCACGCUCACAGUGCCAGACUGAGACACCUACUCAGUAUCUGCGCUGGCUUAACCAGCAGACUCGGUGGAGCAAGUCUUACUUCCGAGAGUGGCUCUACAAUGCUCUUUGGUUCCACAAGCACAGCCUCUGGAUGACCUAUGAGUCUGUGGUCACAGGCUUUUUCCCUUUCUUCCUGGUGGCUACAGUGAUCCACUUGUUCUACCGAGGCCGGCUGUGGAACAUUCUGUUAUUCCUGCUAACAGUGCAGCUGGUGGGAAUGGUAAAGGCUACAUAUGCCUGCUUUCUGAGGGGCAGUCUGGUCAUGAUCUUCAUGUCCCUCUAUUCUCUGCUGUACAUGUCCAGCCUCCUGCCAGCCAAGAUCUUUGCCCUGUUGACAAUUAAUAAAGCAGGUUGGGGUACAUCUGGGAGGAAAAAAAUUGUGGUAAACUUAAUUGGGGCUGUGCCUGUGACUGUAUGGGCACUUAUCCUGCUCGGGGGAGUGGCUUACACCAUUUACUGUGAGACACAAGAGCCCUUCACUGAGACCGAAAAGGUCCUACUCGUUGCUGGGACCAUCCUCUACGCCUGCUACUGGCUCAUACUUUUGGUACUCUACUUGGCAAUAGUGGCGAAGCGCUGUAAUAAGAGGGAGGAACAGUAUCAUCUGCCCUAUGCUGAGGCCUAGCAUGUUCUUCUCCAACAUUACUUCAAAGGUGCUGCCAGAUAAAUUAUUUGGGAUUUGAAACUGCCCUCUCCUUCACUGGUGCUACAAGUUAUUUGUGACACGUAGGUCCACUCAUGUGUACUGAAAGACUGUUGAAGGUAUUUUGCAAGGUAAUUUACCAGCAGAGCAGAACUGUGCUUCUCAAAUUUGAAGCACACAUCAGAGGAAAUGUCCAAGUGAUGUCCUGAGUACAGUUUAUAUAAAAUCAGAGCUUACACUAGCAUAUCAAAUCAGUGGAGUGGUAUGGUGCUUGUACAUUCUGCAUGUAAAUCAUACACUGAGGAUGGUCAAACAUGCACGACUCUCUCCCUGAAAGAGGUCCCUAAAUUAGACACUGCACUGGUGUUAGGUGCCAAAAUCAGGUUAAAUAUUGUUUUGUCAUUAUUUUAAUUGGUUAGACAAUCUGACAUUAUUCUCUGUGCUGCUGAACAGUAUUAAAUGGAGUGAUAUACUAAAAGUGGACUAAGCAUUUAGGUUUGGUCCUAUUUCAAAAGUUUACGCCAGCUUUAUUUCAUUCUCUAAUCUUAAUUUAAGUAUUUCCCAAAAAACAUUCUGUUCAUCUAACAUUUACAGAUUGUUUUGGGAACAACCAAAGAGAAUUAUAUAUGCUUAGCUAGAUAAUUAACCACAAUCAAUGGGCUACAUUUAAUUCCCUUUCUAGAAAGCAGUAUUCUACCAAUAUCUACCAUAUCUACCAGUAUUCUAUUUUCAUGUUCCCUGUUACUCUAGAUGCAGGAUAAUUGGAGACAAAGUACAGUUUAGGUUUACCAUCAUAUAAAUAUAUUCUGCACUCCUAUUAUUUAAGUAUAGUCUGUGAAGAAAGACUUCAAGAGUGACUGUGCAAACUGAAACUUGAACGUGCAAAGAAGACACAUAAUACCGUCUGUUUACAAGCUUUGUUUUCAAAUAAUAAUGGUAAAGACGUCUUUAACUAGUUUUCAAAUUAUAAGCAAAAUAUUAGUUAGAUGGCAUAUUUAAUAAACGUAUGAGUCAGCUGAUUAUUUAUUGGAUGUCACUGUGUAAUUGACCAAUUAUUCAUUCUUUAGAUGCUGCAGCUUUCAGGCACCUAGAAAUAGAAUAAUCUAGAAUAAUCAUGUUAUUUAACACUAGUUUGUUGUAUUUGUCCCUUGCACACCGUAUUGAAUUAGCAGGAUAAGUAAUGCAGAAAUGUAUUUCUGUGACAAUGCGGUAUUUUAAGUACAUUGACCAAAUUUUGAAACAUUUGCUGCUUUUGGCAUUUAUGUAGGCUGUAGGCAGGGCAAAAGCAGACAUAAGAAGCUUGUUGAUUUUCAUUUAUUGAACUAACCCAGCUCACACAACUUUCUCUGUGCCACAUAUAUGGGUUUACUGAUUGCACCUCUGCAUACAUGGCAAAAGCAGCCUCCACACCUCCCUAAAUACACAGGCACACUCAGAGUGACGGGACAAGCUCUGGCAAUCUUUCAGGGUCUGAAAACAAGAACACUGCGACUAGUGUGCUUGGAUGUUUGUAGACUAAUUUCUGUAGAGGGACUGUAAAAAAAACGGACAGUGGGUUAAAAGCAUCUCGUCAUAGAGGUGGGCAAUAUGAUAUUUAUUGUGAACAUGAUAAACUGUCAUAUUACAACACAACAGGUUUUCCUGAGCAAAGCAUAGACAUACGUCAGUACUUGAAGAUCACAGAGCAACUACAGGCCUCAUUAAUAAAAAAGAAAAGCAUAAACGAUGCUGUUUAAUUGGAUUUGGAGCUGCAUAGUAUAUGACGUGGGGGAAAAAAUCAUUGUAUUGUGAGUUUUUGAUGAUAUAUAUUUUUCUUAAUUUUGAUGUGGUAUAGAGAUUUGCAAAGACCAAUCGAGCCACCAAGCUAAAGACUCUUAUUGCCAAAACUUUGAAUUUGCGCCAGAAUCACACAAACGUUUAUUGUGUAUGUAUUGCAGUUACAAUUACCAUACGUCAUUACCAAAAACCAGCCAAGUGUUGCUUAAAUUACAUAAAGAAGAACACGUCAGUUGGCGAAAUGACAAUCUGAUUUCAUGUAACUUGUUCCAUGUCUGGUCAAACAGUGUCUGGAUCUCGUGCAGGGGAGAAAAAAGCAGUGGUUUUUAUUGCUGGUCUGGCGGUUUGCUUAAAAGGGAAAAAAGAAAGAAAAAGGUAAAAAGACACUCUAGCCACAGGCUCUACAUUUUAAGUGCCAUGAUAUAAGCUGUUAUUGCCAGGGACACCACACAAUAGGCAACGUUGACCCCUGAAAGUUCCAAUUAACAAAACAAAUAAAGUGAAAUAUCAUGACGUAUAUCAUGUAUAUGCCAUUUUGCCCACCCCUUAUGGCUGAACAUGUUUUCUCCAAGGUCAUGACAGGAGAAUUAAUUAUUGAGAAUGUGUACAGGGAGCAUGGAAAGAAUAAAAAAAAAAAGUGCUUUACAAUGAGCCACACUCAAACAUGUUAUUGGGGAAAAAAAUAUGUUUAGAUAACAAUUAGUUUUAUUCUUAAUAUA